CCCAGAAAUAGUAAUACCACCAACUACGUCUUUGUCCUCCAACGAGACGUCUCACCACCACCACUCUGGUACCAACCGGAGCCGGGGCCGAUUGCGAGCUGCGCCGUCAGAGAUGCGAUAACGGCUGAGCAUCUGAACAAUAUAAUAAUGAUGGAAGCAACAGGCCGAAAGGCCUGCACAUCUAAAUGGGACAGCAUGUCUAGGCCGACGAAUCCCUUAUUGUUAACCGAUCCAUCACCACCACCCUUGACGCAUCCCCAGUCUGAUGGAAUAGCCAAAUUAGCUUGACUGAAGACUUCAGGCGCUUUGACAUAUUAACGGGCAAACACGAUGGCGCCAAACACCCGGCCACCAAGUCUUCCCUUGAUUCCACACUUCGCUCUGGAACUGGAGGAAAAGGCGCAGCUCCUCCCAGAACUGGACGAAAUCCUCAGCUCGACAGGCGAAUCCAGCGCAACACUCGACGAGGAGGACUAUUACCGGCCCUCACACUCUCACAGCGCCCGCAUCCAUAACUCAAUCCACCACCGCCGGGUCUUCCUCCCAUCCCGGUUCCCCUCGGUCAGCAGCAAUGCCCACACGACGGCCUACACCACCCUGCCGCUAUCCCCCCGGCGAUACGACCUCGUCUGUCAGCCACAGCCCUUGCAACUCCCCCCAGCCCAAAAAACCGUGCUCGAGUCCUGGACAAUAACCUACCACCACCCGACGCCGCGCACCCAGCUGCACCUCCGUGCCCUCGGCAUCACCCUCUUCCGCCACUUCGACCGCGAGGAGGGCUCCAUCCUGUCCGUCGUGCCCAACACGCACUUCUCGCAGGACGAGCUCGCCGCGACGGUGGCCAUGCACAAGGCGGCCGUCGUCGCGCAUGUGCAGGAGCCGGGACGCGGGGUGAUGGGGCUGGGAAGAGCGGAGGGAAAGGCGAGGAGGUUUUGCAAGCCGCGGACUGAGGGUGGUAAUAACAAAGCUGAUGGCGGGAGCAGGAGUGGUGGUGGUGUUGGCGGCGGCGGGUGGGUGAAUACGCUGUAUGCUGCGGAUCUGGAGAAGCGGGUCCGGAAGCUGGACUGGAAGGUACAGGAUGAGAUUUAUGAGCUGUUGAGUGACCGCAUGCAGAGCAGCAGCAAUGCGUUUAGGCGGCGGGAUUGGCGGGUGGUGGUGUUGACGGAGGUGCCUGGAGGUGAGCUGACGGACUCGCCGACUGCGUUUGAAGCAUUCGAAAAGGGGAGGGGGUGUUUCCGCUGGGCGGGCAUCAGGAGCUUGAGGCUGCGGAUGAAGCCGGCGCCUGACAUGCCCAUUACUGAGUACAGGCUCGUGUUGCGAGGGACCGAGACGAGGACGAAUGACCAGGGCUGGGGUUACUUUAACCGGUACAGUAAACCAUGGAGGGAAGCAGACGAGAAAGAGGUUGGGGACAGAAGGCGGUGGUCGAGCGUUACGGGUCGGAGUGACAAGCAUGUUGACUUUUGAGCGGACACAUGCGUGUUUGGAGUCUGGACGGCGAUUUCCUGUCUAUCCCUGAGUUUACUAGAUUCACGGUCAAUGUUUCAUGUAGAGCGCUUCGACCGACCCCAUCCCUUUCC